ACGAGUAGAGGUAAUGAUAACAAUCUGAAGUCGAAGCCUUCUUGUUAAUAUGUAUAAAGUAUGAGUGAUUUUUAUAAGUAGACUUAAUGGCUAGUUUUGGGGGUUCUUCUGUGAGUAGACUCGUCUUACCUUAGUUAAUUCGCUGUGUUCAGUUGGUGUUAUUGGUUGUUUAGAGCUAGAAAAAUAGGUAGCAAGCCAGCGGUUAUCGUAAGCCUGGCCUGUCCAAAAUGGAUGACAGCAAGAUGGUGGGCGGAAAAGUUAAGAAGCCUGGUAAGCGUGGCCGCAAGCCGGCUAAGAUUGACCUGAAGGCCAAGCUGGAACGCAGCCGCCAGAGCGCACGGGAGUGCCGUGCCCGCAAGAAGCUGCGCUACCAGUACCUGGAGGAGCUGGUGUCCAGCAAAGAAAGGGCUAUCUGUGCCCUACGCGAGGAGCUGGAGAUGUACAAGCAGUGGUGCUCAGCGAUGGACCAGGGGAAGAUCCCUUCUGAAAUUAAGGCCCUCUUAACAGGUGAUGAUCACAAGAACACCCAAAGCUCCAGCAAGACCCCCAAGAAUGGAAAGAGCCAGGCGAGCAGCAAUGGGCCAAACAAGUCCAUAUAAAAGGGGGACCAGUGGGGGCAGUGGCUGGAGGGGAGGAGCUCGGCUAGGACCCUCCCACCACCUGCAUUCACAUGGACCUCUAGCCAUAAUGUUGUCUGCCGUGGCUCUGGACCAGUGAUGUCAUGAAGGUGCCGUUCAAUCCGCUAAUGCACCGGUCGGCAAGAUUGUACCCAAGGGUCAGACAGUGUCACAGACACAUUAAAAAAGGGUAUUUGUUGAA